AUGCAUAAAGAUAAAGCUUCAGACAUACCUAAACGAAUUGGUAUUGAUAUAUUCUCGGCCGCCUCAGCUGCAUUUGCUGUUUCUCCUUUUAUAACAAUUGUUGAUAGAUCAAUCAUAGAAAAUGCAAGUGGUAGAAACAAAUUAGGGGCUGCUUUAAAACGAGGCUUCGUCGAACUACUCUCCCGUCCUCACAGAUUCGUCCGUACACCUGCAUUCUUUUUAAUUUUUGGCGUCUACUGCAGCACUUAUUCUGCUGCCAAUAUUAUAGACACAGUAUGUUCAUACGGAGAUUGGGAUAAUCAAACUCCAAAAUUCUUGGGUACUACAAUAACUAAUAUGACAACAUGUAUAUACAAAGAUCGUGCCUUUACUCGUAUGUUCGGGAUGGUUGCUCCAAAAGGUCUUCCUUUAGGCUCAUAUGGUUUAUUCGCUGUUAGGGAUUGCCUUACUAUUAGUGCCAGUUUUAACUUACCUUCUGUAUUGGCUCGUGAAUUUUAUGAUAGAGGAAUUUUUUCGAACUUUGAAGUUUCUCAAAACUUUUCUCAAAUGUUAUGUCCUGCUGUUGUUCAAUUGAUUAGUUGCCCUAUACAUUUACUUGGUUUGGAUUUAUAUAAUAGACCUGGUAUUAGUUGGUCUUCUAGGUUUAAUUUUUUGGCAAAGAAUUACUUUAAAACUACCAUUACUAGAAUUGCUAGAAUUGGUCCUGCAUUUGGUAUAGGUGGUGUCGGAAAUAGGGUUAUUAAAGAAAGGGUUAGUGAAUUGGUUUUUGACCGACAACAAGUUGGUGUGGUGGCCACUGCUUUUAAAUAA